CUGCAACAUGCUCUCAUGAUCUCUCUUCUCUUCCACCUCCUUCUUAUCUUUAUCAAUCUCCAAUGGAGCUUGAACAAGUUUUGCAAUUCCUUUGCUUUCUUGUAUUGUUUUUUAUCAGCUUUUUCAUGCUCAGAUCAAAGCUUUGGUACUGCAAUUGUGAAAUUUGCCACGCCUAUGUCACCUCAUGCUGGUCUCUAAAAUUCGACAACCUUUGUGAUUGGUAUGCGCAUCUUCUUAGAGACUCUCCGACCAAAACCAUCCACAUACAUGUUCUGAGAAACACCAUCACUGCCAACCCUGACAACGUCGAAUACAUGCUCAAAACUCGGUUCGAAAACUACCCGAAAGGCAAGCCCUUCUCUACCAUCCUCGGUGACUUUCUUGGCCAGGGAAUAUUCAACGUGGAUGGCCACUCGUGGAGGUUUCAGAGAAAGAUGGCCAGCCUCGAGCUCGACAGGCACUCCGUUCGAUCUUUCGCGUUUGAGAUUGUCAGCCAUGAGAUCGAACACCGUCUCAUCCCUCUUCUUUCAUCGUUUAGUUCUUCAGAUGAUGGUGGUGGAAGCGUCCUCGAUUUGCAAGACGUGUUUAAGAGAUUCUCGUUCGACAGCAUAUGCAAAUUCUCUUUCGGGUUGGAUCCUAUGUGCCUAGAGUUGUCGCUGCCGUUGUCCAAAUUCUCCGUUGCCUUCGACAUGGCCUCGCAGCUGUCCGCAAAGAGAGCCAUGACGGCGUCUCCCUUGAUUUGGAAGAUCAAGAGAAUAUUUAAUUUGGGGAGCGAGAAGCAAUUAAAAGAAUCUAUUAACAUGAUCGACCUCUUGGCCAAAGAGGUCAUUGCUAGAAAGCGCGAAACGGGGUUUUCAACACAAAAAGAUCUCUUGUCACGUUUCAUGAGAAGUGUGGAAGACGAAACGUAUCUGAGGGACAUUGUAAUAAGCUUUCUAUUGGCAGGGCGUGACACUGUUGCGUCUGCUUUGACAAGUUUCUUUUGGCUUAUGGGCACCCACCCGACCGUUGCGUCAGCAGUUCGGGUUGAGGCCGAUAGGGUUCUUGGACCCAACCAGGGCCUCAAGAACUUUGAGCAAAUGCACGAGCUUCAUUAUUUACAAGCAGCAAUUUAUGAGAGCAUGAGGCUCUUCCCUCCUGUACAGUUCGACUCAAAGUUUUGCGCACAAGAUGAUGUUUUGCCUGAUGGCACGUUUGUGAGGAAAGGGACUAGGGUUACUUACCAUCCAUACGCAAUGGGUCGGAUCCAGGAUAUUUGGGGAUCCGACUGCAUGGAAUUCAAGCCCGAGAGAUGGUUGAAGGACAGUGUUUUCUUCACAGAAGACCCGUUUAAGUACCCGGUUUUCCAACCGGGGCUUAGGGUUUGUUUGGGGAAAGAGAUGGCUCUCAUGGAGAUGAAAACCGUGGCGCUUUCAUUGCUCAGACGGUUCAGUAUUCAUCCUGUGGCACAUGAAUUAGGUCGUGUACCACGGUUCUCUCCAGGGCUCACCGCGACCUUCAGCGGUGGCCUUCCGGUGUUGGUAAGAGAAAGGAAAACACAGCCAUCGUGCUCAUGAGUCACAUCUGCUAGGCUACAUACCGUAUGCAAAUUUUUGGUGCAUAUGUGUAAGUAUGGUCUACCAAGGAGAUAGUGUGACACAGAGGAAAACGACAUGGCCUAAGCUACCUCAGCUGAAAUUAAAUGUGCACCAUAUGUAACAAGAUUGUCUGGUUGGCGUCGGUACCAAAAUUAUAUAUUUUUGUAUACACAAAAUGAUGGCACAUGUGUGUGGUGUCCUUUUUCGACCCACUGUGCAAGUGGAUAUAUUAUUGUUGGUGGAGAAUUAGCUCGGGCUGAUCAUCUCUUAGAUCUAUUUGUUUAAUUACACACAAAGCUCUAGAAUUUGUGUACUUUUUUUUGGAUGUAAGGAUGUGUGGAACAAAC